AUCAUUUUCAGGAGAGAGAGCUUUGAUAAAAAGACAAUUUUAGUGCAUUGACAAUCAUAUUUUUAGAAACUGUACCAUCCCAAAAUAGUUCCACAUACUGUUCAACAAAACAACAUACCCAAUAAAACCAACUCACUCAAAAAAGUCAGCUCAUUUGUGUCACCAUUCCAAAUUACUUUUCAGCUUUUACUAAAAACUAAAAUCCUUAUUUUUUUCCCUAAUUAAGCCUACAAUUUUAUUGAAAAAAAUAAUACCCAUGUUCCUAAUCAUCUGAAAGCUCUAAUCUUUAGUCAAUUCCUACUACCCCAAUUUGUUUUACCUGAUUUUCUUGGUUCUUUUCCAUUAUUCAAACCCUUUCUCUCUCUAGAUUCUAAUAUUCCGUCUUUGCAAAUUGUUGUCAAAACUGUUAAAGGAGGGAAAUUUAUAUAAAGAAAAGCAUUAAAGUUUUGUUCUUUUGGUUUGUUAAUGACUGUUUUUUCUUCCAUUACAAGGCAAUUGAAGGAAAAUAGAUAAUUUUCUGAACUUUUAGCAGUAGUAUUGAUUUGAGUAGUCUCUAUUCUCUCUCUCUCUCUCUCUUCAUUUAUUAUGAUGGUUCAAUUCAGUUUCUCUUGAACUUUCCUACAAAGAUUGUUCAACUACUCAAGAUCUUGGGAUUUGUUCUAAGUUGGGAUUGGUUUUGGUUUAUGGCAUUUGUGGUUGGAGUGAAGAUUGUAACAUCAAUUUGAAGUUGUUGUUAGUUUGGCUUUCUUUUAUUUGGGUUAUCUUCCUGGUAAAUUAAAGUUCCUAAGAUUAAUUAAAUUCAUUGCCUGGGAGAUUGUGCUAUCUUUUUUUCCUAUUAUAAGUCAAUUGGGAAGUAGUUUUCUUCUUCAUUUAAGGGCUUCUUCUCUUUGUAUUCUCCCAUAUUUCAUUGUCUUUGGAUGUGAUUGCAGAUCUCAGUGAGGGCUUUCCUUGUAGCUUUUUUGGUUUCUUCUGUCUGAAGUUGCUUGCUUUUUUGCAUGGUGGUGCUUAAACACAUGGGUAUGUGACUUUCUCACUUGGGUUUGUCUGAAAAACUCUUAAACUGCAAAUUGGUUUCUGGGUUUUUGUGGGUUUCAUGAUUGAUUUUAUUUAGGAUCUGUUUUUCUUGUUGGGAUUGGUGGUUUUUGGCAAACUUUAGUGAUUUCUGAGCUGUUUCAAGUUUCCUUUGAAUUCUUCAUGUUUGGUUGUUUCUGGGUUGAAUGACAAAUUCCUCAAUGUUACCUAUGCAAGCUCUAUUGAAAUGUGUGGUCUUGGUUUGUUUUGUGAUUACUGUUCCUGGUUUUCAAACCCUAAGCCAGGCAUGUGAUCCUAGUGACCUUUUGGCACUGAAACAAUUUGUUGGUAAUCUCACAAGUGGUUCCAUUAUCUCCACUUGGGAUCCCAAAACCAACUGCUGUGAUUGGGAUGGUAUCUCCUGUGAUACUAAUAAUGGUUCUACUUCAAGUACAGUGAUCAAAUUGAUUCUGAAAAACAUGGGUCUUAAAGGAGUUAUUUCGAGCUCUCUCGGUCAAUUACUUUCUUUAGAGAUGCUUGAUCUUUCAUUGAACUCUCUAGAAGGUAGAUUGCCUGUAGAACUGUCCAAUUUGAAAAAACUGGUUUUCCUUGAUGUCAGUCACAAUAAGCUCUCUGGUUCACUUUUGGAACCAUUUUCUGGUUUGCAAAAUCUUCACGCCCUUAAUCUGUCAAGCAACUUUUUCAAUGGGACACUCAGUGAUUUUGGGGUGUUCCCUGAUUUGAUUGCCUUCAACAUAAGCAACAAUUCAUUCACCGGACUAGUCAAUUCACGAAUUUGCAGCUCGAGUAAGAUUAACAUCAUCGAUAUCUCGAAAAAUAAUUUCGGUGGUGCUCUUCAAAGUUUUGAGAAUUGCACCUCAUCUCUCAAACAGUUGCACACCGAUUUGAAUUCACUUUUUGGUGAGCUUCCGAGCUUUAUAUAUAACAUGUUGUUAUUGGAGCAGCUCACUAUCUCUUGUAACAAUUUCUCUGGCGAGAUAAGUGCGAAAAUCAGUAAGCUUUCUGGGCUUACGAAAUUAAUCAUUUCGUGCAACCACUUCACUGGCUUGUUUCCUGAUGUGUUCAGUACAUUUACUAAGUUAGAGCAAUUUGAUGCACAUUCAAAUUUGUUCUCUGGGCCAUUGCCCGCGAGCUUGUCUCAUUGCUCGAAGCUUCAGACACUUGAUCUUAGAAACAAUUCUUUGUCAGGCAAUAUUGGUAUUGAUUUUAUUGGACUAUCUGAUCUUAGAGUACUUGAACUUGCCAGUAAUCACCUUAAUGGAACCAUACCGACUUCGAUUUCUAGUUGCAAGAAACUUAGAACUCUGAGCCUUGCUAAAAAUGAGUUAACUGGUGAGAUACCUGAAAGUUUAGGUGAGCUUACUUCACUUUCCUUUCUCUCGUUGUCAAACAACAGCCUAGGGAACUUGUCCAGAGCACUAACAACGCUGCAGCAGUGCGAAAAUUUGGCUACGCUCAUUCUUACUCGAAACUUUCAUGGUGAGGAGAUUCCGAGAACUUUGUCAGGGUUUGAUAGGCUGCGAGUUCUGGCAAUCGGAAAUUGUGCCCUACGCGGUGAAAUUCCUGUUUGGUUGCGGAGUUGUAAGAAGUUAGAAGUCCUUGAUUUGUCUUGGAAUCGCUUACAUGGGGUUAUUCCUUCAUGGGUUGGGCAGAUGGAGAAUUUGUUUUACUUUGAUUUCUCAAAUAAUUCACUUUCGGGUGAAAUUCCAAACACUUUGAUGCAGCUUAAGAGCCUGAUCACUUCACAUAGCUCGUCACAAGAUUCUCCAUUGAUGAACGGUAUCCCAUUGUUCGUGAAGAGAAACCAGAGUUCUUUCGGCCUACAGUAUAAUCAAGUCUCGAGUUUUCCACCUUCUAUAUUUCUUAGUAAUAACAAGUUUAACGGGACCAUACCAUCGGAGAUAGGAAGGUUGGAGCAACUUCAUGUCCUCGAUCUAAGCAGAAAUAACAUCACCGGGACUAUUCCUGAUUCGAUUGCAAACCUUCGGAACCUAGAAGUCCUAGAUUUGUCGUUCAAUGAUCUUUCCGGAGUGAUACCUCAAUCACUUAAUAAUCUUACAUUUCUUGCAAAGUUUAGUGUUGCACAUAAUCAUUUACAAGGACCAAUCCCGUUAGGAGUGCAGUUCCAGGGCUUCCCGAACUCAAGCUUCGAGGGUAAUAGUGGGCUUUGUGGAUCAGUUCAAGCUCCAUCAUGUAACAUUGUCGACAUGAAUAACCCAUCUUUCUCAAGCAAUAAAUUCGGUAGAAGAACCAUCCUAGGAAUAACAAUUAGUGUUGGUGUUUGUAUUGCUUUGCUACUGGCAGUCGUUUUGAUUAAAAUGUCGAAGAGAGAUGUUCGAGCGUCAGUUGAGUAUCUCGAUGAAGAGAAUGGUGGCCGGUCCAGACGACUUUCACAAGGGUUUACUGCUGCAAAACUAGUGCUUUUUCAGAAUUUGGACUGCAAGGAACUAACAGUUGGGGACUUACUGAAAUCCACUGAUAAUUUCAGUCAGGCAAAUAUAAUUGGUUGUGGGGGAUUCGGUCUCGUCUACAAGGCUAGCCUGCCGGAUGGAACAAAAGUUGCUAUCAAGCGGCUUUCUGGGGACUGCGGUCAAAUGGAACGCGAGUUCCGCGCAGAAGUCGAAGCUUUGUCUAAGGCUCAGCACAAAAACCUUGUUUCCUUGCAAGGCUACUGUCUGAUGGGUGACGAUAAAUGGUUGAUUUACUCGUUCAUGGAAAACGGAAGUUUGGAUUACUGGUUACACGAGUGCAUUGAUGGCGGCUCAACACUUAAUUGGACAGCGAGAUUGAGGAUAGCACAAGGAGCAGGUCACGGUUUGGCAUACCUCCAUAAGGAUUGUGAGCCGAGUAUAGUCCACCGAGACAUAAAAUCCAGCAAUAUUCUUCUUGACGAAAAAUUUGAGGCUCACUUGGCAGAUUUUGGACUGUCGAGAAUGCUCCGACCUUAUGAUACACACGUAACAACAGAUUUAGUUGGAACGCUCGGUUACAUUCCUCCCGAGUAUAGCCAGACGCUAACAGCAACUUUCAAAGGAGACGUUUACAGUUUUGGUGUAGUCCUUCUGGAACUCCUUACGGGCAGGAGACCUGUCGAAGUCUGCAAAGGGAAAAACUGUCGAGAUUUGGUCUCUUGGGUGUUUCAGAUGAAAUACGAGAAGAAAGAAGAGCUGGUGAUUGAUCCUUCGAUUUGGGACAAAGAAUGGGAGAAGCAACUAUUAGAUGUUCUUUGUAUUGCCUGUAAGUGUUUGGAUCCGGACCCAAGAAGAAGACCGUCGAUAGACCAAGUAGUUUUAUGGCUUGAUGCCAUAGGUGACAGCUGAAGUAUGUUAAUUGUAAACAUAGGAUUACUUAGCAGAAAGGAUUAUACCUUAAUUCUGUAAAGCUAUAGCAUGUAUUAUGUUGGGGAUAAGUCUCACUCAAGGAGGUAGGUUUAAGUUUUACUUAAUUUUUAUUUAUACGGAUGAGCUGAAAUUAUGUAUACCCUGGCCGUUUUGGUCUCUUCUAUGAGAAAUAAUCUCGAUAAGUUCUUGUGCU